AUGGGUGUUGCCGACUUGAUUAAAAAGUUUGAAACGUUCAGUUCCCAGAAGCCUAGCUCAGAACAAUCUGAAGCUGGGAAGAAUGUGGAAGCACAGCGCUCUUCAAAGAACGAAGCUGACAUCAAAACCGAUGAAGUUGAAAGAACAAUGACCACUUCAAUUGAAGAAAAGAAGUCAGAUGUUUCGAAUAAUGAGAGCACGGACAAAUUGCAAAGCGCACUGGCAAAAGAAAACUCGACCAGGGAAGAUAACUCGAUUGAAAGCCAUGAAGGGUCUGCCGUGAAAGAAAAUGACUUGAAUGAGCAAAAUAAACCACAGCAGAGCGAUCAGGAGACUAAGAUAAAGCCUGUGGAAAUUGAAUCUGUUUCAGGGCCAAAAGGAGAAUCCUCUGAUAAUUCUGAGUCUCUAGCCCUUGAAAAGCCAUCUGAGGACGAAGCAGAGAGUUCUGAAUCAGGCUCAAGAAAAUUUGAACCAGAAAUCAUGGCUGGUUCUGAAGUGAAAGAUCAAUCAGAGGACUUAACACCUUCAAAUAAGCCAGAGGAAGAAGAAGAACAAGAAGAACAGGAGACAGCUGACGACAGCCAAUCUUCUCCGGAGCCUGCUGCAGAGGAGAGUAGAGAAGAAAGUGCUUCUAGUAAGAAAAACAAAAAAAAGAAGAACAGAAAGAAGAAUAAGAAAGCUGCUGCCGCUGCAGAGGCCAACUCUGCAUCUAUGAACCCUGAACUUGUAGCCCAAGAAGCUUCUGAUUCACUUAGGCCUCUCUAAAUCCCCAACAGAUAAACAAAUUGAGAUUCUCAGUGCAGAAGUUCAAGACGAGGCGGUUGAAUCCGCCAAACAUGAGGUCGAAGGCUCGAGAGAAACAACCCCCGACACACGCAUCGGACGCGAUGAUCCUUUUCAGUUCGGGCGACGGCAACUCAUCGAAGAAUCCGAUGUUUGGAAUCACAAUGCCUGGGACAAUGUUGACUGGGGCGAAGAGCAGGUUCUACAAGCGGAGGAAAAAAUCGCGGAGCAACAUAAGUCUCCAGUCUCUGAUUACGAUAAGAAUCUUUAUAAUUCCAACCCAGCACGGUACUGGGACAUCUUCUACAAGAACAACAAGGAGAACUUCUUCAAAGACAGGAAAUGGUUGCAGAUAGAGUUCCCUUCAUUAUAUGAGGCCACAAAAGCGGAUGCAGGUCCCAAGACCAUUUUCGAAAUUGGCUGCGGUGCAGGUAAUACAAUGUUUCCUAUACUCAGUGAAAACGAAAAUGAGCAUUUACGAAUCAUAGGAGCAGAUUUCGCGCCCAAAGCCGUUGACCUGGUCAAGACCAGCAAGCAUUUUGAUGCUAGAUAUGCCCACGCCGCUGUGUGGGAUCUUGCGAAUCCCGAGCAUGAGCUGCCCGAUGGCGUCGAACCUCAUUCGGUGGACAUUGCGGUUAUGGUAUUUGUAUUCAGCGCGCUAUCUCCAGAGCAAUGGUCUGAUGCAAUGGAGAACCUGCAUAUGAUAUUGAAGCCCGGUGGUCAAAUACUUUUCCGGGAUUAUGGAAGGUACGAUUUGGCCCAGGUCAGAUUCAAGAAAAACAGACUGCUAGACGACAACUUCUACAUUAGAGGUGAUGGUACUCGCGUCUACUUCUUCACGGAGGACGAGCUCAGAGACAUUUUCACUCAGAGAUUCAUCGAGAAGCAGAUUGGUACAGACCGUAGGCUACUCGUGAACCGGAAAAGGCAAAUAAAAAUGUACCGCGUAUGGCUGCAAGCGAUGUUCGAAGUUCCAUCGUGA